AUGUUUCCAUUUGCAGAAGAAGAAGAUGUGCUAGCAAAUGUAGUACCAAAUCAUGCUCAAAAGGUUACAGGUUACCGGAACUUUGAUUUCGAACAGAAUAUGGGACCAAAUCCUAUUCAUUUUGGUGCUCCUUCUAAAAAUACUUUUGACUUAAUUGGGCUUUUGUAUGAUCUAAUGUUGAUGGGAAAGGUUGUGAAUGAGAACAAAGAGAAAGUUGUACUGUGCCUUCUGGCUAGUCUUAUAACAGGUCUAUCAUUAUUACUUCUCGCUUGCUUAGUACUGCAAUGCUAUAAACGAUAUAAAGGCAAAAAAGAGUCCGCAAAAAAAGCAAAUAGUAAAGAAAUAUUACGAGAAGGAAAAUCUACCGAAUUAAGCACACUAAUGAUCAAUGAACAAUCAAUGUUUUUGGAUUUUGGUAAUGGAAUUCCUUAUGAUAUCACCGAUCUUCCAAAUAGCAAAGAAACAUUUUUGCAAUUCAGCAAUCUGCCAAUAACACGAGUACCACAAAAUAUCCACGGCUAUAGUUGA